CUUCCUCUUUGUAUAUUUCAGGCAAGAUUUAGUGAUACAUAGCUUGGCCGUGAUCAAGCCCGCCUUAGCUUCAAUAGCUUCUCCAAUAGCGGCAAUCCUCAGCUCGCCACUAUCCUUCCCCAUCUUUGUACAGCUUUUGUCUCAGAUAUUAGGCGAGAUCCCCGCCAACAGGAGUGUCAUACGAACACAAGACUUGUAGAACGUAGAUAGCAUCGGCGUGACAUCAAGAUUUACUUAAGUUGAUUGCCCUGCCGCCCAACUUCACCAUAAUCCCAGUAGCAACAAGUCGCCUGCACACUUCAUUCUCCUCAUUGACCCCCAACCCAUUCCACCCAAGCCAUGGAUCAAGUGCCGAUUCCCAUCCUGCCAGGGGGGGGCCCAGACUAUCCCAAACACUCCUUCCGCGCGGCAUAUGCGAAGAGCGUCCUCGCCGAGUCGUUGCUUGCCGAGCUCAACCAGGACAAAAAGAAGGGCGAGAAGCUUGACUCGAUCCCUCGGAAGACUCUGGAGGACUUUGCCCCCCGCGCAGACGGGUUCAGGGAUGACCGCAUCUGCAUCGUGGGAGCGGGCGUUACAGGACUCUUUCUCGCCAUGAUACUCAAGUUUCUCGGGGUCAAGGAGUUCGACAUCAUUGAGGCCUCGGACCGAGUCGGUGGGCGUUGCUACACUUACGAAUUUCCAGAGGACAAGGAGCACCCUUGCCCUCACAACUACUACGAUAUCGGGGCCAUGAGAAUCCCCGAUAUUCCAACCAUGAAGUCCACCCUGGCAUUGAUCAAGGACCUAGGGCUCGAGGCCAAGAAGGUACCAUACAUCUUGGACUUUCCGGAAGGUGGUCCAGUGCCGCCGUCCAUGCAUUGGUACACAAAAGGAGGGCCAGACGAAAAGCCGUUCGAGAAGGUCAUUAGAGAGGUCAUUGCAAAGCUCGGAGACGACUUUGACUAUGAGAAGCUCAUGGCUCUCGGGACAGAUAAUUUCUCAACUCGGUCAUGGCUGAUGGUCAAACACGAAUGGACGUAUGAGCAGACCCUCGAGGCCGAAGGUGCUGACACAUCAACUGGCCUCUUCGACCAGGCUUUCACCGAGACGAUCUGCGACUACAGCGACUUCCAAGCCGCCAAGGCCAAGCCAUGGUACCGGCUUGAGGGCGGCAUGUCGGUCAUCACAGACACGAUGAGGGACAGGCUCGCCAGCACCACACACCCCAGGCCGGGCGCUCCAUCCAUCAAGCCAAUCCUCAACUCCCCCGUGAUUUCAAUGGCCAUCAACGACGACGCCGAAAACACCAUCAAGGUCACGCGGCGAGACGGCGAGACCGGCAAGGACAUCGCGAAGGACUACGACAUGGUCUUCAACACCACCGCCAUGGCCCCCCUGCAGAGGAUGGACCUGCAGGGCCUCAACCUGCCCAAGGAGAUCCUCACGGGCAUCCGGGCGCUGAGCUACGACCGCGCCACCAAGGUCGCCAUCAAGUUCAAGACGCGCUGGUGGAAGGGCUUCUACCAGAAACCCGGCCAGUUCGGCGGCGUGUCGAGCAGCGACUUGCCCAUCAGCAACGUGGUCUACCCGUCAUGGGACGACGGCGACGACACCGCCGCCGUGUUGAUGGUGUCGUACAGCUGGGCGCAAGACGCGACGCGCAUGGGCGCGCUCGUGCCGGAGUACAAGGAGGGCGAGAGGGAGCCGAAGAAGGACGACGAGAUCGUCAGGGUCUGCCUCGAGAACCUCGUCAAGCUCUGGUCCAACGAGGAGAACCCGCCGAGCCUGGAGUUCCUCAACGAGCAAUACAUCACCCACCACGCGUGGGCGUGGUCGCACGACCCCUACACGGGCGGCGCCUACGCGCUCUUCGGGCCGGGCCAGUUCUCAAACCUCUACCCGCCCUUCCAGAAGCUGCUCUGCGGGCGGAGGCUCUCCAUCUGCGGCGAGGCGGUGAGCGCGCACCAUGCUUGGAUCUCGGGCGCCCUUGACAGCGCGUAUGUUAGUCUGUGGCAAUGGCUCGCGGACAGGUUCCACGUGGAGUGGAUUCAGAGGCUCAAGGCGUCGAGCUUUGGUCCUGGAAAAGGCAAGGAUGCAGAGGAGUUGGACGUGACGUUGGAUUUGUGGACGGUGGAACUCAGUGAGAAGACAGGAAGUCAGUGAAUCAACAAUUUUAUGAGACUGCAUGUCUGGAGGGGAUCCAAAGGAAUAGCAGUGCUGUAGUUGCUUCCACUAGGCCAUCACGUGCGAGGGAC